AUGACUUCCAAGAAAGCCGCCGGGAGGAGCCUGGUGAAAAAGGGAGCCAAGCCGACGCUUCCAGCCAAGCCGUCCGGAGCAGCCCCUGGGAAGCCAGGCCCCCAAACAGACGGGGAAGAGGCAGCCCCAGCAGAUGACCCUUCCCACCGCCAGGAGUCUCCCAGCAGCCAUCCCACGGGCCUGAGUCACGAGGCAGAAGCCGCGCUCACGUUGCAGUGUGCCUUCCGUCGGAUCCUGGCCUGCCGGGAGAGAAAGCGAAGACUGAAGCAGCAACGGGAGUAUGAAGAAUUAAUGGAUCGCCUCCAAAAGGAGGCUUUUGUCGCUCUAGUGAAGAGAGAGCAGGAGGAAGCUGAGCGGGCGCGAAAGAAAGAAGAGGAAGAAAAGAAGCAGCAAAGAGAGGAGCAGCAGCGGAGAAAACGGAUGCUGGAGGCAGCUUUUGAAGGAGAUGUGGAGGAGAUGAAGGCCGUUCUGAAAGAGGUGGCGGAUCUGGACACCAAGAACAGUGUGGGAAUAGAUGAGAAGGGGAAGGUUGUCCGGCUCCAGCAUCUCCUCAACAUGGUGGACUGCACGGACGCCAACGGCAACACCCCCCUCUCCGAGGCCUCUGGAGGGGGCCAUCCCGAAGCCAUCCGGAUGCUGAUAGAAAACGGAGGCAAUCCCAACAGCAGGGGUGCCUUUAACCGGACUCCUUUGUACCGAGCAGCCUUUGGGGGACACUUGGCAGCAGUGGAGCUGCUUCUCCAGCACGGAGCUGACCCUCGACUCUAUGCUGAUGAUGGCAACACACCGGAGCAGAUUGCUUCUCUGGACAGUGUGGUGGCCAUCCUGAAUGCCUGGGACAUCACUCUGACGGACACCAUGCUUCAAAAGAUGGAGGCUGAACAGCAGCGGAGAGUCCAGCAGAAGCAGAGGCACAAGGAAGCUGAAAUGCGCCAGUCUGUGUCUCCCAUGGCCAUCGCCACAGCUGCUGCCCGCAAAGCCCAGGUGUCCCUCCAGAAUUGCUCUGCAGUUGGCCUGGUGGAGCAGACCACCGAAGCCGUGGAGCAGCUGGCCAAGGAGCACGAGAGAUGCAGCAGGGAGCUGCAGCAGGCCUACGCAGAGCUCAACCGACGGAUAACGGAGCACGACAAGUGCCAGCGGAAGCAGAUGGGGAACGCAGAGAUGACGCUGCACGCCAUAGCCGAUGCGGAAGAGCUGGUGGAGAAGCUGCGCCUGGCUGCUGAGGAGGCCGAGGAGAAGCUGUCCCUGGCCCGCCUGAAGCUGCGAGAGCAAAUGCAGGAGGGUUCGCCUUCCGAGAUUCCGGGCCUCACGUGCUUUGUGCAGGAGCUGGACGAUGUGCUGAUGAAAGACGUGGGUGGGAAAAUGCAGGCCGAUGGGCGCUGGCCCCUGGUCAUCGACCCCUCUGGGCAGGCAGCCAUUUUCCUGCGCUACCGUGACACCAACUAUCUGAACACUGCCAAUCCUGCCGACAUGGCCGUGGAAGCCAUUCGCCUGGCCUUGCUGGGGUCUCUCCGCUAUGGAAAGCCCCUGGUCUUUGAUAUGAUGGAACUGGACAUGUUUGACACGGUGAAAAAGCAGUUGGAACGGCUAGAGACAGGCCUCACUCAGGCACUGCUGAGCAAGAAAAUCCUUGGGAAUGAAAGAUAUCGCUCCCUACUGAGGCCAACAGAUGGACCAGAAUAUGCAGAGACUGAGUUUCAAGUUGCUCGGAUCGAGAAGUUCAGGCUCUUUGUGGUCACCAAGCGCCACCACCCCCCUGAAGACCUGCUGCAGACCCUCCUCCCCAUCCAAGUCCUCCUGUCCGGGGCCAGGCGGUAG